AUAGUAUUGUUUUAUAUAGAUUUAUUAUUAUCACUAAUUGGAAGUUUAUUAUUAGUAAUUUGUGUUAUAGUAGGAGUUGCUUUUUUAACUCUUUUAGAACGAAAGGUUUUAGGAUAUAUUCAAAUUCGUAAAGGUCCUAACAAAGUAGGAUUUAUAGGUUUAUUACAACCUUUUAGAGAUGCUGUGAAAUUAUUUACUAAGGAACAAACUUAUCCUUUAUUAUCUAAUUAUAUUUUUUAUUAUUUUUCUCCUAUUUUUUCUUUAUUUCUAUCUUUAUUAAUUUGAAUAUGUAUCCCAUAUUUAAUUAAAUUAUAUUCUUUUAAUUUAGGUGUAUUAUUUUUUUUAUGUAUUACUAGUUUAGGGGUUUAUACAGUAAUAGUUGCAGGAUGAUCUUCUAAUUCAAAUUAUGCUUUAUUAGGGGGAUUACGAGCGGUUGCUCAAACAAUUUCUUAUGAAGUAAGUUUAGCUUUAAUUUUAUUAAGUUUUAUUUUUUUAAUUGGAGAUUAUAAUUUUUUAAAUUUUUAUUUAUUUCAAAAAUAUACUUGAUUUAUUUUAUUUUGUUUUCCUUUAGGAUUAGUUUGAUUUGCUUCUUGUUUAGCUGAAACUAAUCGUACUCCUUUUGAUUUUGCUGAAGGUGAAUCAGAAUUAGUAUCAGGAUUUAAUGUUGAAUAUAGUAGUGGGGGAUUUGCUUUAAUUUUUUUAGCUGAGUAUUCAAGUAUUUUAUUUAUAAGUAUAUUAUUUAGUGUAAUAUUUUUAGGAAGUGAUAUUUAUAGAUUAUUAUUUUUUUUUAAGUUAACAAUAAUUUCUUUUUUAUUUAUUUGAGUACGGGGGACUUUACCUCGAUUUCGAUAUGAUAAAUUAAUAUAUUUAGCUUGAAAAAGUUUUUUACCUAUAUCUUUAAAUUAUUUAUUUUUUUUUAUUGGGGUAAAGUUGGGUGUAUUAUCUUUAUUAUUUUAA